AUGUGGGGCAAGGAUGCACGCAACCCCCACGCCGCCCGCUUCGAAGCGCUUUCCGGGCACGUGCAACAGCCCAAGAAGGGGACGGUGCAGGUCCAGCUCAAGGUGGGUAGGCUAGUGCUGACGGGGCGCUUCCAGACGCUCCCUCUCACGCUGCAUGGCUUUGGGCUGGACCAGGCGGCGCCCCGGCAUGCCCCUGCCUCGCCUCAAAUGCUGACCCUGGGCGAGGCGCUGCAGCACCGCCUGGAGCCGGGGCUUGAACCCACCCCCACUGCGGUGCUGGAGACUGCCCGGGGGCUGCAGGCCAGGGCCGCCGCCCUUGUUUCUCAUUUGUCAGCGCUGCAGGACGGGAUCGAUGCGAUGACGAUCAAGCAGGCAGAGGUCCCCGUCGGCGUGGGCCCGUGCCUCGACGAGGCGCUGGCGCUCGCCGACGACAUCACCGGCGUGCUGGCGGCGCCAGCAGACGGCCAAGCGGUGCGGGAGGCGCUGGCGCGGGGCGCGCUCGUCCCCUCGGCCCCGGGAUGCCUCGACCGCGGCCUGUGCCUCGCGCUGCGCUGGUGCCGGCUGCUGCCCGGGGAGGAGGCGGGGGCGCCCCCCGCGACCCUGGACCUGGCGGCGGGCGGCCUGGCCGCGCUCUGCGCCCUGGCCUGCCUGGGGGUCGACGCCGCGCUGUGCAUGCUGCGCCGCCCCGCCGUCUUCCUCAUCCUGUCCGAGGUGCUGGGCUCCGGGCCUGGCGCCUGGCCCCAGCGCCACGCUGUGCACGCUCUGGCCGUGGCCCUGGUCCUCAUGGAGGCCGGCGGCGUGUUGGCCUGCGAGGCCCUGCUGGGGCGCUGGGAGUGCCCCGUGCCCGCGCAGACGGGGGCUGGCGGCAUCUGGCCGCCCGAUGGCGCCGAAGAAGGGAAUGGGAGCGCCUGUGAGGCGGGACCGGGGGCGGUGACUCCGUACACCGACCAGGCCGCUACUGCUGAUGUCCACGAUUCAGAGGGCUCUCCUUGGGACGAGCGAUCGGCUGAGCUACGCAGUGUGAACGAUGCUGCCAAGCCGCUCACAGCUCUGGCACCCCCUCCGCUCCCGGCGCGGGCCACCAUCCCCCAAGUAGACGGGGCGAGUGGGUAUCCCUCGCCACCCAAGCGCAGGCAUGAGCCCAUACGCUUCUGCCCAGAAUCCUCGGGACCCACUGUUUCUGCCCGCUUGGCGCACGCCGCGGUCGUGGAGGCCCGCAUCGACGCGCGGUGGGAGGCUGCGCAGCAGGACCGGGACGCGCUGUGGACUUCGGUGGCAUCCCGGCUCCUCACCCCCCAGCCCCGCCUCCUCGCCAGCCUAGCCACACAGUGCCUCACCCUGCUCGGCGCCGCCGACGCGGCGGCGGCGCUGACGAGGACCGCCGCCAAGCUGGCGGGCCGCGUGGCGGCGGAGAUGGGGCAAGCGCGCCCUGACGUGGACGAGGGCGCGCCCGUGACGACCGACUCGACUGCCUUCGGUGAGGCGUCGGCGGGGCUGGAGGCCAGGAACGAGCUGUCCCGGACGCUGGGGCUGGCCCUGCGCCCCUUCCUGAGCCAGCUCGCCAGCAGCCCUGCCACGCUCGGCCUGCUGGGCUCCGACCCGACCUCCCUCGCCAUGCUGGCGGGGGCCGGGAUCGACAUCGCCGGCGGCGGCCACUCGCGCUCCGACCGGGAGCCUCCUGCCCUGCGCUCCUGUGUGGGCCAGGCGGUUCUGGCGCACGCUGCGGUCCGACGCUUGGUCGACUGGCACCAAGGUCCAGGAGAGCACGGGUCGGCGGGGACGGAAGGAUCAGUCGUCGCGCUGCGCACGCUGUCCGCCGUCCAGCCGGCUGCCGCCGCGCUGGCGAUGGCGCUGAGCGGCGAGGCGGCCGGCGCUGCUCUGGCGCAGGCGAUCAGUGCCCGAUCGCCCGGCGCCGUCGAGCUGGGACUCGCGCUUACCUGUGCGUCCAUGCUGCCGCGCUGCGGUUGCUCCCUGGACGCCCUGCUGGCUGCCGGGGAAGGUGUGGAUCACAAGGGUGCGGAACGUGCAAGUGGCCCCGAAACCAGCGCGCCUGGUGAGAGGCAGGCCCUGCCGGGGCCGGGCUCGGCCCUGCUGCCGGAGCUCUCGGUGCGGCUGGGGGUGCUGGUCGCGGUCCGGGACCGGGGCCUGCCCGAAGUCCUGCGUCACGCGGAGGCGCACUUGGCGGGGCAUGGGGCCGAUGGCACCGACUCCCAGCGAAAUCUGGUGGAGUCAGCAGCCCUGUCCGUCGUCGCCUCAUCCGAUGUUGCCUCGCCUCGUACUAGCCUCGACCGUCUCAUGACUGAGCCUCCAGGCUGGGCGAGCCUGGACCAGGCGCUGCGGUGCCUGGCGGUGCAGUGCGCGCCCGGGUCAGCGCCCGGCGGCCCCUCUACCACGCACAUGAAACAUUCCCGCCGCGCGCUGACGGAGGCCGGCGAGCGGGUGGACGUUGCCGGCCUGUUAUCCGCGGCCCUGGGCGCUGCGACGCGCGCGCUGCAGGCCUGCCGCGACGCAGCGUGGGAGGGCGGCCUGGGGAGGGCGGCGCGCGACCCCGGCGGCUGGUGCGCCGCCCGGUGUGCUGCGCUGACCUUACAGGAGGGCGCGGCCACGGCCGCCGCCGCUGUGCUGCCCUGUCUGGCAGGGUGCGAGCUGGAGAGCCCGGGCCUGUUGUGCGCGCUCCUGGCGGCGCACGCAGCUCUUGCGACCGACGAGGAGGGCCUCGGGAUGCUGUUGCCGGGGGCCACAGAGGAGAGGGUCGAAGAGGGUUUGCACAGCGCCACGGCGGCACCAGGCGGUCAGGCGAAGGGUCGCGUGCGGCGCGCCCGGGCCGGCAUCGUCCUGGCGCUGCGCACCUGGCUCCUGAAUGAGAACGCAUGGACGCCGAGACUCAUGGACACCCUGUUCUCGGAGCCUGGUAGCCAGAGAGGAGGCCUACCACUGCUGCAGCCCUGGCCGGAGGCCGGCGCGGCCGACAGUGGGCCCGAGCCUGCGCCUCAGCUGCCGGCGUGGCUCUUCACGACCACCUGCCUCCUGGGCGACCUCUGCCCCGAGGAGUGGCUGCCGGUGGGGCACAGCGCACCCAGCGCCCCUCCCUGCCAGCGCACCCUCCGCUCCCGACUGGCUCAGGCCCUGCGAGCCCACGCACGGUCCCUGGCUCUGCUGGCGGAGCACGGCACCGCCAGUGAGUCGCGCCUGCUGCGCGCCGCGCUGGGCAAGCUGCUCGCCCGUCUUUCGUGCCUGCACCCGAACCUGGGCGAGGUCGCGCUGCGCCCACUGGCGAGGGGUCUGGGCGGGCUGGCCGCCCUUGCCCCUGGCACAGCCCCCGGCCCGCUGCUACACCGAGCCCGGGGCCUGCUGGAAUUGGCGGUGCCCCUGCUCCACCGCCCUGCGCUCAGGGCAGCAGCGCUGGACGCGGGCCUGGUGGGCCGGUUGGCCACGAUCCUGGGCCUGGCCUACUACCCGGGCAUGCCCGCCACCCUGGCACCGGAGCGGGCGGCCCUGGGGGCCGACGCGGGGGCGCUGGCGCGGCGCGUGAUGCGCUGCCUGGCCGCCUCGGAGCACGGGCGGGCGGGCUUACGGAAUGCGCUGGUGGCGCGGCAUGCGGCGUCGGUCGCCGAGGCUGGCGCCGCUGGCGAGCACGCCCGUACGCGCCUGGGCCUGGCAGCCAAGUGGGCGGCUGAUAGGGCGGAGGGCCUGCUGCUGGACCGGGGUGUUCUCCAGGAGCUGUGUGAGACAUAUGACCAGGACAGGGAGUGGCCGAUGCAGCCCGCUCAUGCCAAGUAUGCAGCCCUGGAGGCGGCUCUGCAGGCCCAGCCUCCCCACUCCGAUGUGCUGGGAUGGAGGCCAGAGGACGCCUCGGGGGGCUUCCUCGUGCAAGAUCCCUUCCUCGUCCUGUUCUGGAAUAAUGUUGCGGCACGGGUCGUCCCCGCCUCGGCGUUGUCUGCCCAGGCGGCGGCGCAGCGCCUCGUCAAGGUCGACACGCGCCCCAUGGCAGAUACGCACUCCUCCGAGACCCAGUCCGCCUUCAGAGCCUCCUGCUGA